AUGUUCGCCUGGAUGCUCAUCCCCCUUUUUGAGACAAUCGACGCCAGGUUAAGAAGAUACGGCGAUUUCGAUUCCUUACAAAAGUUCCGCCUUUUGGUUGUCAAGUAUUAUAUCAAGCAUGACCCGAGACUCAAGAAAUUCGACCUUGGCGGAGUUCUUACCAAAAUUGUCGGAUUUGACAUGCUGCUUCGAUAUACGGUCCAAUGGGAAGAGACUCUAAAGCAGAAGUGCCAGGCCUUGAACAAAAAGAAAAGGUCUCAAGAAGAGGAGAAAGAGCUCAAAUAUUGCCUCUCCGAUCUAAAGUUCUGCUCGGAGGCGUAUUGGAAACAACAGCGAGGAAUUUAUGAAAAGGAAGCCUCGCUUCCAGCUGGGCCGUUCCGUCGAGCUUAUGAUACCUACCGAUCUAAUCCCAAAUGGUAUCUCCACCCUGACCUUAGAAAUGACUGCGCAGGGAGAGGUGGAUGCUGCGGGCGUCAGUGCGGUUGCUGUGAAAAACGUGAACCAACUCCCGGAAGACCCCGUGGUGUCGGCCACUGCACUGUACAAUGUGGUUGUUGUAUUGAUGCUCGGGGAUUCGAGAUACAGUCACAGGACUUGAUCGACGUUAUGGACGAAUUCCUGUCCGAAUUGAUUUUUCCGGAUGAAGAAAAUAAGACCUACUAUACUCGAUAUAUGCGGGCUUUCUUUAUCGGCAUUGAGUCGGAAAGGGACCAAGCACCAAAGUGGAUAUGA